AAAUAUGUGGCCUAUGAGAGAGAGAGAGGAGGAAGAAAAGGUUCUGCUCUCUGUGUAGUCUGCAGCAAAGACGGAAACAAUGGCGGCGGUAUCAUCCACUUCAGCAACAACGCUCUACAUUUCUGGGCCUCCGGGUGUUCAUAAGAGGAAUGGGGCCAAGUACUGUUGUAUCCUAUCACUGGAGAAGGGUAGCUCAAAGCUCCGUAGAAGUGCACAACUUGUGGUGAGGAGCAGCUCGGACGCCGGCGGCGGGCAGUCGUCGUCGGGCAGUGCAGCGACAACAGAGGUGGAAGAAGGAGGAUGGGAGGGCUCGAUUGAAGUUCCAGAGGGACCUCCGUCUUUGAUUUCUGCUCUCAACGUGGAAAGGGCUUUACGCGGCAUCCCGAUUACAGAUGUAGAUCACUAUGCUGUUCUUGGGCUUCGAAGAGGAUGCUCUUAUGAAGAGGUCACAGCUGGGUACAAGAACAAGGUGGAUGAAGUGCUGAACAAGGGACUGGAAGAGGAACAAGUGAGAGAUGAAUUGGGAAUUCUCAAGGAAUCGUACUCCAUAUUGUCGUCGGUGGAGGAGAGGAGAAUGUACGACUGGAGCUUGGCGAGGAAUGAUAAUCCAGAGAAGUACAGUUGGCCGUCGCAGUCUGAUAUCACGCAGAUCGCCUCGCCGGAGACUCCGCCCAUCUUGCAGGAGCCGGAGGACGACGGACCGACGAGAGCAGUGGGGUACUUCCUGUUGGGCUGGUUUGUGUUAUCUGUAGUCUUGUCCAUAGCACUCAAUCGGUGACAAAUCUCUUUUUCUUUCUUUUUAACAUCUUUUCUACUCGGAAGGAUGGAUAGUGUAUAUGUAGCUAUUGAUCAAUAUUCAUGUCAUAUUUACCACCAACUUUUUCUUGUAAGUGUAGUCAAAAUCUACGCUUUAAAGUUCGAAAGCUUAUGAUUUUACACUUCUAUGUAGAAUAGUAUAACGCUUUUGACUGCAUUGG